UUAUUUUAUUUGACUCUACUGGUGUCCACUGUGCGACUCGGUCCUGAUGAUUGAUUCCUCUCUCAGCUCUCUGGGAGCAGAAGUGGUCCUGGCUUCGUCCAGCGAUGAGAACCACCCGCAGGAAAACAUCAUCGACGGCAACAUUAAAAAGUUUUGGAUGUCCACCGGGAUGUUUCCUCAGGAGUUUGUGGUUCGCUUUGCGGAACCCACGACCUUAUCAGCUCUGACAGUGGAGAGCUAUAAUGUCAAGCAUCUAAAGAUAGAAAAGAACACCUCAUCAAAUGCUUCUAAGUUUGAGUCUGUUACAGAGAAAGAAUUUGAACGUACAGAUGGACAUCUUCAGUCAAAUGCUAUUUCACUACAUGUAGAUGGCUGUACUGCAACUCACCUUCGUUUUAUCAUCACCUCAGGAUAUGACCACUUUGUGUCAGUGCACAAAGUCAGUGUAAGAAAUUAAUAUUUGUUUGUGUGUGUAUGGAAAGUUGAUCCCAAUAAAAUUGUCUGUAAGCAAAAGUUAAUGUAAUCCUUGAAAUCUUAUCAACAAAGUGCCAGUUCCAGACAAAACUAAUGACUGAAAGUUGGAUGUUGUUGUUCCAAGAUUUGCUUCCAGCAAUUUUCACCGUUUUUACUUAUGUAAUGUUAUGGAUUCACAUUGGGAGCUUUUCAUCCACUAUUCAACUGCUCCUGGUAAUUUCACAAGCUGAUAGUUGGCAAAGCUUUAGAACAAACUAGCUGGAUUGUGUUGAAUGGUAAAAUUACUUACAAAGGAACUCACUCUGUGUGAGGGACAGAGUUAAUUAACUAAUUUUUAGCAGCAAGAGCUUAAAUUGGCAUUCAUACACUGACUACCACCUCCCCUCAGCCAUUUCCCCAUGAGCAGAAAUUGACAUCCCCCCAGACAUGGAUAAUCAUGAUAAUGCUGCUGCUGUCGGUGGGGGAUGGAGGUGUUGCAGAACCAGAUGGCUUCCCAGUCAACCAGCAAGUGUUCAAAGGCUGCGGGCCUAUUUAUACAAAGUCCGCUAGCCACCUCCUGCAUUUCUACAUCUCUCUCACACACUCACUUGCAUGAACACAUCUACCUCCAUUGCCAUUUCAGCUUGUCGGCAGCAAAGGCUACAGCAGUGUGUGAUGACCGUUUGGGACUCCCUCUCCAAUUACUUGCUGAGUCCAGAGAAGCUUGGGAAUAGAGUUCGGUCUGCAUACAAGUCUCAGAGUAAACCAAUAAUAUAUGAAAUACAUGCCUGAAUAACUAGCCCCUUGAUAUUUCAGAGUACCUAAUUGCUCAGGGGUACAACUGGGUUAUAGUACAUUUGAGUAUGUGAGUGUGUAGUGAGUAAUGAGGGCAAGGUAGAAACUGAUGCAGUGUUAUUGACUCAUUCAUUAUUUAACAGCAGGGGAUAUUUACUAUUAUCUUAAAGGGGGAGCUUUGACUUUGAAAUGAAGUAUAAGCCUACGUUUUAUGGGACUGCAAUAUUUUUCUUAGAACAGUUCCAAUGAUAAAUUUAGUCAAUAAGUAAGCCAAGAUCUCUAUUUGUAUGUUAAAUAAGGUUUUUGUAGCUCCUCCCCUUUACUAAUGAAACCUGUCCCUUUUGUGUUUUACUGUCAGCCGAUCAGCAGAAUCACAGCAGGAUAUGAUUGCAUUUUUAUCAUGACACAGCAGGGCAGGCAGGGCUAAAUUAUUCACCAGUGUCUUCUUACGGCUGCCUGACUGCUGUCCAAUCACCCAGUGACAUGUGAAAGACCAAAAGUGAAUGUUAAGCUAAAUCCAUGUAAAGAAUAUGGUUAUCAUAGCCUUCCCCGAACCAUACUUUCUUACUAUGGGGCCCAAAUGACAAUAACUGAUUAAAUGAAAGUUAAAACAUUGCCGUAACUCAACCAACUCUUUCUUUCCUGCCCAGUUCUUAUCAUCU